UUUGACAUCCACGUUGAAAAAAUCAUAUCAUCAUCAGGAGAUUCUGAACAUUCUCGCAUUGUAAAUUUUUGUUUUUUUUUGCAAUUUAAAGUGAGGAUUUUUGAGUUAGUAAAAGUUUCCUUCUGUACACAAUGGAAGAUGUAGAUGAUGCUACGCAGGCUACACAAGUGACUCCCGUGAAUGAGUCCGACAAACCCUCUGAAUUGGCAACACAAACUGAAAAUGUCUAUUUAAAGUUGGUAAUGACUCGAAUGGGCGACGGGAAAACACAAGUUAUACCUCUUACGCGAGAUAUUCACAAUGGCUUCUGGAGAUUUGGUCGACACCGUUCCUGUGAAGUUGUUAUAGGAGGUCCUAGGAUUAGCAAUUUUCACUUUGAAAUUUACGAGGGUCAUGCUAGUGAAACUGAAAACCGAAAUAACGUUAUAUUUCUACACGAUCAUUCUUCUAACGGCACAUUUUUGAAUUUGGAAAGGUUACCGAAAAAUGGUCGCAGUAUUUUGUCGCAUGGGGAUGAGAUUCGGGUUGGAUUAGGAGUACCAAAAGAUGAAAUUCGAUUUUUAUGUCAAAUUCCUUACAACCGUUCAGAGAGUAUGAGGAAAGAACUGGUUACUUCGAACGUAAAUAGAUACGAAGUUCUUCGUACCCUGGGCACAGGCACCUUUGCUGUGGUUAAGCUGGCAGUUGAUUUAGAGAGCGGCGAAUGCUAUGCGAUCAAAGUUAUCAACAAGAAAAAAAUCCUACUCACCAGUUCCGAAAAACGUGCUACCGAAAUGUUUCAACGAGAAAUUGAAAUUUUGAAAACAUUACACCAUCCUGGUGUUGUGCAAUGUCGGGAAGUUUUUGAAACGGACGAAGAGCUAUUUAUUGUCAUGGAAUAUGUGGAAGGAGGGGAUCUUAUGGACUUUCUAAUUGCAAACGGUUCAAUAGAUGAACAAGACUGUAAACCUUUAUUGAAAGAAAUCUUAGAAACGCUUAUUUAUUUACAUGAAUGUGGUAUUGCGCACAGAGAUAUCAAACCAGAGAAUAUUCUGAUUACCAAAGACUUUCAUUUGAAACUUUCUGAUUUUGGUUUAGCUAAAGUUAUUCAUGGCAGAGGCACAUUCUUUGAAACGUUUUGCGGAACUAUGGGUUACUUGGCCCCGGAAAUAUUGCAAUCUAAGACUGCUCCUCCUGAGGGUGGGUAUGACAACAAAGUAGACAUUUGGAGUCUUGGAUGUGUUUUAUAUGUUACAUUAACCGCAACUAUACCUUUUGCAGCACCAAAUCAAGAAGAAUCCAUCAAACUUAUUAAUAAGGCAGAUUUCCCUAUGUCUCCACUACUGGAAAAUGAAAUAUCACCAGAAGGAAUCGACCUGAUCACGCAAAUGUUUCAACUAGACCCCGAGAAGCGGAUUUCUGAAAAGGAAGCAUUAGACCAUCCAUGGUUUAAAAAAGAAUUAUCUAUAAAUCCUUUGGAUUCUCCAUCGCUUUCAGAAUGUGGUCAUGAGUCUACUGAACAAAUUCAAUCACCUUCAUAGAUGCAUAUAUCUUUAUCUUUUGUAAUUAUAUUUUCAAUUAGAUUUCUUAAUUCACAUUGAAGAACAG